GUGGCAGAAGCAUGUGGUUGCUCCCCGUAUUCGGUGGCCGAGUCCUAACUGGGGACGUGCCGCCCCCUUUGCCCACUCUUCUCUACCUCGUUAUAGGAUAUCUCACCUGUUCACAGAGCUUAGCAUUAUCAUCUCUUCAUAACCUUUUCACAGAUACAGAGAAAAUGAUUCUUUUAGGAUCAAAUAAACCAGAUUUUUCUCAUAUUGAGAUUAUAGAAUCACCUACUGUGAAAUUGCAUAAAAAGAACAAAACAGCAGAUAACCGGUUAAGGGACAAACUACUGCUUCAGCUACAUUCCUUGGAGGAAAAGUUUACUCUGGACUUGAAAAGAAAUCCUUCUCUUAGUACAACACUGCCAAUUAAGAAGAAACCUUGCUUCUACCAUGGAAAAUCCCGCCAACACAAGGAUAGUGUAGCAGCUGUCUCUCUUUGCGACGGAGUGAGAGGAUACAUCCAUACACCCGAUGCCAGCUAUACAAUUCAUCCUCUACCAGACAACGUAGUACAAAGGAUACAAGAUAACAAAUAUAAGAAACCUCACAUCGUUGUUAGAAGAGAAAUUUCUCCAGAUACGUUUUGUCCUCAUGCACUUCGGAAAAAUAAUCACUUUUCGUUGAGUAAUGUAACGGAAGAAGAACCAUCCACCACAUCUCUAAAAACUACUCCAGCCAUGGAAGAAGAGGAUUCUUCGUCAGGGAUGAAUAAAACAAGGGAAAGACGUUCAACCGAAUCCAAAGGCUCUGCUGUUAUUGAAACAGCCGUAUUCAUUGACCAAGCGCUGUAUGACCAGAUGAGGAGAACUUUUCCAAGUGACACAGACAGACAAUUAUCUACGUUUGUUUUAACCAUGAUGAAUGCGGUACAACGAUUGUUCCAACAUUCUUCUUUGGGAAAAUCUCCAGAUAUCCGUUUAGUUUUGUUGGAAACUCUGAAGACACAGCCUCAGGAGUUGCAUCCGUCGGACAAUAUUGAUACUUACCUCACUAAUUUCUGCAUCUGGCAACAUAACAGACGUCAUUAUGGAAGAGGAAAGUCGCCUCGGUGGGAUCACGCUCUGCUACUGUCUGGAAUUAAUAUGUACGUGGUGGACGAGAGUGGACGAAGGAAACGUCAUGUUGUCGGUCUAGCUCCUGUCAGCGGCAUGUGUAAUCCUCUUAAUAGCUGUACCAUAAGCGAAGGCACUAGUUUUCAAACUGUGCUAGUGGCUGCUCACGAGAUGGGGCACAGUUUAGGGAUGGAACAUGACGGACACCAAGAUGGGAAUCACUGUGAUUCCGAUACUUAUGUGAUGUCGCCUACACUGGGAGCUGGUAAAACUACAUGGUCCGCUUGUAGCAGACAAUACCUAGAGAAAUUCCUUAGGUCGCCUCAAGCGAGUUGUUUGCAAGUUCCUAGUCCCUACACCACUGAUCUACUGGAACCAGCUCCAGAGAAAUUACCAGGACAAGUCUACGAUGCUGAUUAUCAAUGCACUCUACGUUACGGUGACGGAAGUAGAAGAUCAAAUCUGCAGACAUCAGAGGAAAUAUGUAGAAUGCUGAGAUGCGAUACUGGGUAUGGAAGCAAAGGAGUUUCGUUUGCAGCUCAUCCUGCUUUAGAAGGCACCAGCUGUGGAAGAGACAAGUGGUGCCAAGGCGGCAUGUGUGUUCACAUGCAAAGAGCUGCUGGAACUUUGAGAGGCCGAGUCAUAGACGGAGGUUGGAGUGCUUGGUCGGCUUACAGUCCCUGCUCUUCGGAUUGCGUUGCCAGAGGAUCCUCUCCCGCAGUAGGAAUCAUGGUAUCUACACGAAGAUGCGAUAAUCCAAAACCACAAAAUGGCGGCCGUUUUUGCGUUGGUAAAGACAGGAGGGUUCUUACCUGUGAUGCUUCAAGGAUUUGCUCAUUAUCGACCCGGAAACUAAUGCUGGAUGAAUUCAUAAGUGACACUUGUCGUCAAGCUUCUGCUAGAGACAACACUUUAGAAGUAACGGGUACCCAAUUUCCCAGUCAAGAAAAUUCCCAUUCAUGCUACGUUUGGUGCCAUAAACGAGGAGGAGGAUAUAUGACCCAAGGCUGGACCAUUCCAGACGGAACACCCUGCUGGAGAGGAUACAACAAUCAAAACAUGUACUGCGUGAAAGGAGAAUGUCAG